AUGGAGUGGAUCCUUCAAGACCGCUCCCAUUUCAGCGAACUAUCGGGUGACCCAACAGCUGCAUCUGAGAGAAAGAUUGUUGCCGCGCUCAGGAAACUCAGAACUAAGAAACUAAUUACGGACAGUCUGUACUGGAAACUUUUCACCUCCGACGGAGCGACACCGAAGAUAUAUGGCCUACCGAAAGUUCACAAGAACAAUUGUCCUCUACGCCCCAUUGUGUCCUUCAUAGGUGCACCGUCCUAUAACGUGUCUAAAUUCCUGGCUGAACUGUUGGCACCUUUAAUGUACAAGAACGACCAGUCGGUGAAGAACUCUGCGGAAUUUUGUGAGCUCAUCCGUGACAUCCGCAUAGACGAUGGCGACGUCAUGAAGUCUUUUGAUGUCAUCUCCCUGUUUACAAACGUGCCCAUUGACGUAGCUCUGUCCGUAGUUCGAACGAAGCUGAGAGCUGACGUUGACUUAGAAGACCGCACUGAUCUUUCAGUUGAAGACAUUUUAGAACUUUUAAAGUUAUGCCUCGGACAAACCUUCUUCCAAUUCAAGAACAGGUUCUUUAAACAAACCGACGGAUGCCCCAUGGGCAGCCCAAUUUCAACGACCAUUGCCAACUUAGUCAUGGAGUUUGUUGAAGACAAGGCCUUAGAGGACGCAGGACAAUUCAUCACCUUUUACAGACGUUAUGUUGACGACACAUUUGUGAUUAUUAAGAAGAAUUUCACCAACACAUUCUUUGACAAGCUGAACAGCAUUCAUCCUAACAUCCAGUUCACCUGCGAGGAGGAGAAAGAGAAAAAGAUCGCCUUUUUGGAUGUCCUCGUGCAAAGAGACCCGUGCGGAAACUUGAAGACCUCGGUUUACAGAAAACCGUGCGACACAGGAUAG